AUGUCCGAAUUCAACCUCUCCAACCCCAACCGCACCAUCCACGUCGGCGUCAUCCUCAUGAACAGCGUCACCGAGGCGCUCGACGUCGCUCCCGUCGACCUUCUCCACGGCGUCAGUCAGCGGUUCAUCGAGGACAUGCCCACGCUCAUCCCCGAGCCGUUCAAGACCCAGGGCCUGCCCAUCGACUUCCACUGGGACUCGUUUGCUAAGUGCCCCCCGCUGGACAUUGUCCUUGUCGGCGCGCACCACAUCGACUACCGCCUCUCCGACGCGGAGCUCGCCUUCGUGCGCAAGUCCUACGACGCGUGCACCGCGUUCAUGACCGUCUGCGGCGGCAUCCAGGUGGCCGUCCAGGCGGGACUCGUCGACGGCAAGACGGUCACCGGCCCGCGGUUCAUGCUGUCGGAGUUGCGCGCCGCCGCGCCGGACGCCACGGCUUGGGUGGAGAAGCGGUUUGUCAGUGACGGGAAGCUGUGGACGAGCGGCGCGCUGCACAACGGGCUGGACAUGAUGGCCGCGUUCAUGCGGCACACGUGGCCGGGCAAGGAGGGGGGCAUGCCCAGCUUGGUGGACUUUGGCCUGGUGUUGGGCAGUGGCCUGAACAGGGACAUUGACUACAAGGACGAGCCGCUGCUGGAGAUGCCGGUGGCGUAG